ACUUUUCUUCUUCCGUCGGAGAUGGAGUAAAAUAGCAAAUCCUAUCCUCUCUUCCACAAAACCCCCGAUUUCUUAUUCAUGGCAACGCUUAAUGCUAUAUCAGCGGCUCUGAAGCUCAUAGACGUUAAGAAAGAUGAUCUGAAGAAGGCCUUCGAUGAGCUCCAAUCCCAUUCCUCCCUCCUCUCCUCCUUCUCUCUCUCAUGGUCCGACCUUCACGCCCACUUCACCUCCCGCCAGAACUCCCUCGUUCACCGAUUUCACCUCCUCGAGUCGCUGGAGUCUCGCGAACAGAAUCAGCCACAUGCCACUAAGUCAACCCAGCCGAACCCCACAACAGAACCAUCUUCCUCGCAGGCUCAAUGCGCCCGAAACACCUCGGAAGAACCUUCUUCUUCAUCACCCCCGCAGACCCAGAUGACCCAAAUCAGGGUCGAUGUAGACCCUGAUAUGGGUUCCCAUUCGUUGACUCCGCCGAGGCCCGAGUUGAAGGCUUUGUGUGAGAGAAUGGACGGGAAGGAGUUGAGGAAGUUCAUAACCAAGUGCCCAAAGGAGCGGGGUGCAAUCCGAGCCGAGCUCCCCGGCGCAAUGCGGUAUGCGGCAGACCCGGCAGCGAUGGUCUUGGACGCCAUGUAUGGGUUUUAUAGCGGGAAUAGCGUGAAAUUGAGGUUCAAAGAAGAUGUGGAAUUGGGUCGUUUGAGGUGGUCUUGUGUGCUACUGUUGGAAACACUAACUGGGAUUAAGGCCAGUGUUGGGGUGGAAGUGAGGGAGAGAGCGAAGAAAUUGUCUUUGGAGUGGAAAGCGAAGGAGGUGGAGUGGAAAGGGAAGGCGAGCCCCAAUGAAGUGCAGAUGUUUGAGGUGUUAGCCCUGGUGCAUUUGGUGGCAGCGUACGGGUUGCGGUCUGAGUUCAAUGUGGAUGAGCUUGUGGAUUACUUCGUUAUCAUUGCGCGAUUUCGGCAGGCUGUGGAGCUGUGCCAGAUUAUUGGUUUGGGGGAUAAAGUUGCUGAUAUCAUUCAAAAACUUAUAAGUAGGGAGAAGCAGAAUCUGGCUGUCAAAUUUAUUUUUGAAUUUGAGCUAUCCGAGAAGUUUCCACCAGUCCCCCUCUUGAAAGCCUAUCUGAAGGAUGCCAAGCAGCUUGCUAAUAAAGUUUCAAAGGAAGGAAAUAAAUCGCGCAUGGCACUGAAUGAGGCCGCAGCCAGAGAAGUCGGUGCAAUUAAAUCAGUUAUUAAAGUUAUUGAAAGCCACAAUCUUGACUCUGAGUAUCCACGGGCAAACCUUGAAAAGCGCAUUGAGAUGCUGGAGAAGCUGAUUGCAAACAGAAAACGACCUGCGCAAGCUCAUCCCAUGAAGCCUCAGCAGCCGCAACAGCAGGAGCCAAAGAAGCAGAAGAAGCAUCUGCAGCCAAAAAAGGAGCAGCAACAGCAGCAGCAGAGUCAAAGCAAGCGUCCUCGAACGGCUGCUCUAGUUGAUAAUGUGGCUGUCCCAUUAGUUGUCGGUGGUGUGAGUUCAACCAUUCAUGAGUAUCAACAACCUCAUACACGGGUGACAGGUUCGUUGCCAGAUUGUUCUGCUCCAUAUGUGAGCUCAUCAGCUGCGCCCUAUGGCAUGGUGGGCCAGACUCCUACCAUUGCCACUUACACGGGCUCAUCAGGCAGGCGGUAUGGUUUUCCAGGAAACCCUGUGGGUUUUACUGGGAACCCAAGCCCUGUUGGUUCCCAUCUAUACUCAUCAGAACCAUAUUUGACAUCUGAUUAUUAUGAUAGGCCAACUGCCUAUAGUGGAUAUGAUGUGCCACCCGAAUACCAUCCAUCCUACUAUCCCCGGUAGACCUAUGUGCUCUGUCUCUGUGAUAGUAUACUUUUGGAUGCAUCACGGCAGCCUCUGCAGCGCUGGUUCUCAGAAGGCAUAGCUUGCCCUUUUUAUUACCAUGGUUAUGGUGUAAGGAACUAGAUACUGUGAUUAAGAAUUGUGAAAUUAUGUGUAGUGUCACAUUCUUAAUUACUUGAAUAAUUUUUAUAUUGCCUAAAGGUUUUUAGGUUGAUUGUUUAUUUA